AUGGCUGAACCAACCUACGAUGAUGUCCUCACACAGCGACAGCCAUCCGUUGCUGAAGUCAGAGGCACCAAAGGUCGUGCGACUGUGGUCAACAAAGGUCUGACUGGUGCGUCAGCCUUGACAGUACGACAGUCGAUCUUUCCUGUUGCUCUCGUCACUGUCCUCUUCUUCUUGUGGGGUUUCGCCUACGGCCUCCUCGAUGUCUUGAACUCCAAAUUCCAGACCGCCCUCAACAUCACUGCUGCCAAAGCUGGUGGUCUACAAGGCGCAUACUUCGGCGCAUACUUCAUCGGUCCUCUCACAUACUCCGGUUGGUUCGUACGACGCUUCGGCUACCGAUGGACAUUCAUCUUGGGUCUUCUCAUCUACGCUGUCGGCGCUUUGAUGUUCUGGCCCUCAGCUGUCUACGAGUCGUUCGGUGGCUUCUGCGGUUCCCUCUUCAUUGUCGGCAGUGGUCUCUCCACUCUCGAGACUUCCGCCAACCCAUUCAUCGCCACAUGCGGACCACCAAGACUGUCCGAGUUCCGUCUUGAGCUUUCACAGUCUUUCCAAGCUGUUGGCUCCGUCAUUGCUCCUCUCUUGGCCUCCCGAGUCUUCUUCAAGGAGACCAACUUGAACGACUUGAGCCACGUGCAAUGGACCUACGUCGGUAUCGCUGCUUUUGUCACUGCCUUGGCAGUCGUUUUCUUCUUCUCACCAAUUCCAGAAGUCACUGAUGCUGAUAUGGCUCUUCAAGCUGAGCAGUGUGCUGACCUUACUGGUUUCGUGGAGAAGCCUCUCAGCAAGCAGUACAAGCUGUUCUUUGGUGUCGCUGCACAAUUCUGCUACGUCGGUGCGCAAGUCGGUGUUGCUUCUCAGUUCAUCAACUACUCAAUCGAGACAGCCAACCUCUCACACGCCGUCGCCUCCGAUCGAUAUGCCAUUGGACAGGCUCUCUUCGCCAUUGGUCGAUUCGCAGCUGCUGGGUUGUUCAUGUUUGUCAAGCCACGAUACGUUCUUAUGGCUUUUAUGACUGGUAUCAUGAUCUUCCAGGGAGCAGCGAUGGGUGUUUGGGGUGAGGGCGGCUUUGCAAUGCUCGCAAUUGUCCUCUUCUUCGAAUCUUGCAUCUUCCCAACCAUCUUCACUCUCUCCAUUCGAGGUCUUGGACGACACACCAAGCGAGGUUCAUCAUGGAUCGUUGCCUCUGUCUGUGGUGGUGCUCUCUUCCCAUCUUUGACCGGUCUGCUUGCCGACAAACGCGACUACCACAUUGCUAUGGCUGUACCUCUAGUCGGUUUCUUCGUCUCUUUCUGCUUCCCAAUCUACCUCAACACCAUCUGCGCCAAGGAACUUGAUGGUUUCCGUGACACCAAGAUUGGCUACAAGGAUGAGCGAAGAGGCACCAUCAUCGGCGAUGCUGAUGAUGAGGAGACAAUGGAGGCUGUUAAGCGCAACAGUGUCUCAUAUCACUCUGAGAAGGUGUAA